AUUUGAUAGUAGAGGCCAACAAAAAACAGUCCCCCCCUCCCCUGUCUCUGUGUUUAAUCUGCUUUUCUCUCUGACUUAUCUGACGUCCCACUACCCCUCUCUCUCUCUCCAAUGAUCUUAUCUCCCCAUCCAAAUUCUUGUGUUCCUCUCCUCAACCUAAACCAUUUUUGGUAAAAACUAGAAUCUGCACCAAAUUCUGUCUUUUCACUUCUGCAAGCUGAGGCCCCCUCUUCUGCUGCUUCAAGUCCCAGAUUAGUAUAUAUGGUUCCUCAUAUCCAGCUUCUCUCCUCGAAAUGUUUGCAACGGGUGAGUGAGUAAACAAGGGGUUGGUGGAAUCGACUAUGAUGCCUCCCAAUAUGAACAUGGAAUCCGAGGACGAAUCCGAGGUGAGCAGCCAGGUCGCCUCCAACGCCUCCGUCUACUCCAAGGAAGAGAGCCGAAACACCUCAUCCUGCCUCGACGACAGUUUCAUCAAGCCCGUCACACUAGACCUCACCCUCGGCUUCAACGGCUCCCCUGAACCCGACCUCACACACCCCAGUGAUGCCAUCGCCAACAACCCCCCUCCGCCCUCCUCGCGAGUCUUCUCGUGCAACUACUGCCGCCGCAAGUUCUACAGCUCCCAGGCACUUGGAGGCCACCAGAACGCCCACAAGCGCGAGCGGACGCUCGCCAAGAGGGCCAUGCGUAUGGAGAUGUUCUCCGACAGAUACGCCAGCCUCGCCUCGCUCCCCCUCCACGGAUCCGCCUUCCGGUCUCUAGGCAUCCAGGCUCAUGCUUCAAUGCACCCGGAGCAGGGGAUGAUACGAGGCGGUGGUGGUGCGAGGUUUAUCGAUCAAGGCUACUUCGGAUUGCCACUCUGUAUGGAGUACGAAGAAGGGGAGCUAUCGUGGCCGGGAAGCUUCCGACAAAUGGAGGGUCUCCGGGGACAUCCGGCCUUCGAAACGGGGCAGGGAUCGGAUAUAGCAGGCGGGGCUGCUCUGCCUCCGAGGACAGAACAUUCAUCUCUUCCUGACCUAAACCUCAAACUUUGACAAUUUUUUUGGCACUGGAGUUUUACAUGUGAUGCAUAAAUAAUUGUACAAAGAUUUGAGUGGUGGAGAUGGAGAUGGAGAUUUAGAGGUUGCAGCUUCAAACAGAGAUUCUUGGUAGAUGAAUUUGGUGUGGAGAUGCUAUAAUUUGCUAGUUGGGAUAAGAACACUAAUAUUGUACCAUCACUCUAAUGUCGACUAUAAUACUGCUAAAAUUUCCAUUUC